AUGGAAAGAAUUGUUCAGAAACUCAAUAGCCCCUUAUUGAAGAGAAAGUCUCUGGCUGAUGGGAAUCGGAGCUUUGGUGUUCCUCUCAAGUCUCUUUUUUACAAGAAAUCCUCUUCGGUACCGCGGAUCGUGGAGAAUAUCUGUGAAUUUUUAUUAACUUUUGGUUCUCACACAGAGGGUAUAUUUCGAGUUAACGGGAGCGCUAAGGCAAUUGCGAGCCUAAAGGCACAAUUUGAUGUCACCUGUGCUGGUGAUAUCAGUAAUGCUGGGUGUGUUGACAUUCACGCAAUUUGUGGGGUUUUUAAAUUGUUCCUUAGGGAGAUUCCUGAGGGCCUUAUUCCUGACGCUGCCACUAGACAAACGGUCAAGAUCAUGGAUCAGCUAAAAGACGAUAAGCCUCAAUGCUUAUUAAAGCUAAGGAAUGUUGUAACAAAUCUGCCGGAGGAAAAUUACAAUCUACUGCGGUAUAUUUGUCACUUUCUGGAAGAACUGGCCUCUAAUGAAGCUUCAACGAAGAUGUCGGCUGCCAACUUAGGCAUCGUUUUUGGACCCUGCCUGUUUAAGUGCGGCCUUGGUGUUCAGGGCCUUCGGCAGCAAAAUCUUUCUAACCUCGCCACCACCUGCUUUAUUACGCACUUCGAGACCAUAUUCUCCCCCGCAACGUCUGUCCACAGUAGCGAACAGCAAUUCGGUCUGCUAAAAUCCGCGGCCAGUCUGAAUAGUUUGCUCCAACGACGGCGGCAUGACGUGUCACGACGCUCCAUAGCCCCAGCUGCUUCGACGGAGGAAGCGAUGGCGGAAGGAGUGGAAGGGGGCUUGUGCUCUCGAACGAUCAGUCCAUGGGGAGAUAGUGCAUCACCCCUGCUUUCCGUCCCUGUUGGAAAUAGCUCUAAUAUAGCUUCCCACUCCACCAACAGCUUGCUACUUUCACCGUCAAGAAAGUGGCUGUACUCGGAUGCUGAGGAAAUUGAAUUAAGAUCUCAUGGUGCCCUGGCUCGUGAAUUGGCCAGCAUCAUGACUUCCAUCUCAAUUCCCUCUGUGACCAAGCUUAACCAACUCUCAGAUGCUGCACCGACUUCCAACACUAUUUUCACAACAGUGGCGAUGCCAUCAUCAGUAUCAACGUCAGAAAAAGAAGAGGAAGAGGACAAAGUAGAAGUUCAUCGAUCACCACCUUCUCUACCUUCUCUCGUCCACCUCUAUCAUCACAAUCAGCAUCAUCUUCCUCACCACCAUCACAAAUAUCAUGUGUGGCGUGGACAGUGUGGAGAACUUGAAGGUAAAGAGAAGAUCUCCUCAGACUCCUCCUCGACUACCUCUCUGUUGGAAGUGGCGGCGGCCUUGACGUUUUCACAGCUCCUUACGGAAUCUACCACCGAGACCACCACGCACACGUUGACCGUGGAAGAGUUUGAACCAGCUCAUGCCUACCUCUCGUCGUCCAUAGUGGAUGAUAUGCAUUCUGCCUGUCCGACAUCUGAUGCAGAAGAGGAGGAUCAAGCUGAUGAAGAGGAUGUGGAGGAGGCAAGAGAAAAUUCAUCAGCAACUACCUCUUCCACUCACCACUUCCCUCGAGCUAAAUGUCGUCUGCCGCACGUUUUUUCAGCCCCUAAGCAGCACCACGACUCCAGUUGCCGCCUUUAUCACGGCGUGUUGAACUACCUCGACUAUCUCAGCGCAGAUGCCGCCUUUGGCGAGUUUCGAGUACUCCCUUCCGCGGAAGCUAUUGUUUGUUCCAUUCAUCCCUCAGACGAUUAUAUUCCCCCGCUUCAACCAAUCCUUCCACCACGCAUACUUAUUGCAAAUCCCGUCUGCCAAUCUAUCACACCCCGUCCACGUCACAUUUUAACUUGGCCAAGAAAGCGAAAUAUUCUAAGUAGACUACGCAACCGACGAUCUCUGGAUGUCUACAUUCCGCUGACAGGUCGACCGAAUGGAGAAGAAACUACUGCAUUUUCCAAUGCCUCCAAAGUACGUCUAGUAGAGCCCUCAUCGAGUUUGGACAUCAGUCUGCCCGAUCCCAUUCACCUAGAGGUGGCUGGAUUCCUCACUGUUCUGCAAGCGGUUUUGGAAACUCGACGGAAGGAAUGUCGACGUCCGGAAGAUGUUGAGCAUAUGUCUUUGGCGGAGUUGGCACAAGAGAAAUUGGAUUUACAGAAAUGCCUGCUUUACUUCGAAAAGAUGAAGGGUCGACCCUCGGAUCCUAUAACGAAGCGGGUCAUGAAACCUAUCUAUGAUCGCUACCGUUGCGUGCGUCGAUUGGUUCGCCUCGCCUCCAAUUCAGCUAUUCGUUUCAGUCGUGGGCGCUCCAGUGGUUCAGCGCCGCAGCCCUCUGUAGAUUCUGUCAGAACUCUGAUGGGUAUAGCAGUGGUAGAACCAACACAGACAGAUGAAGUGGUUAAAUUUGCAGAAACUGAACCCAUAAUUACUCUCGAAUCCUCUCUAACGCCAGAAGCUCUUCUGGGAACUUCAUCUACCAACUUUUCUCAAACGGAAACUGAUCAAACCGCUUCUUUCAUGAGCAAUGGGGCAGAAUCCCUACCUUCAUUUUUCUUGAAUUGGGAACUUACCCUCCUUGAGUUCAUUCAAUUCGCAAUGAAUGUGGAUCCCGGGGAGCUGACACGUGGACGCGCGGAAAUUUUGUCAGUGAAACACAAACUCCAACGCUUUCUUCACGACUACGAGAAACGGAUCCAAGAAGUGACGAACCAUCCACCAUCAAAACGGGACCGAGAUGGAUUACGGAGCGAGUAUAAUCGCUACCGAGACUGCAAACAACGUCUCUACGUGAUUGACCGACUUGUGGAGGAACCGCAGACCAACCUUGAGAGUCUAAUAGUGGAUGCACAGUCGGUAGGAAGAGCCCACCGACGAAGGAAGGUUGUAGAGAGUGCGGUGGGAAAGGAUGAAACAAUUCAACAGAAGGUGUCCACUACCAUCAAAACUGCAACACCGAUGCUGCAAUCGCAGGAUAGCGCUUCUUGCACAUAG